UUUCCUCUCUCACCCGAUCUCGAGAUCUCGAGGUCUCGAUCCAAACGUCAUCAGAAUCGCCAGGGCGUUGCUGUUUACCCUCUAGAUGAGAUUUCUCUGCAAAUUUCGGUGGUGAUCUAAGAGGCGGGGUCUUGUACGUCUGGAUAUCUAAGGAUUCAAUCAGUGAUGGCGGUGCCCUCGCAUUCUGCUACCAUAGCUGAUGCUGUGCACCGGAUCCAGCUAGCACUGCUUGAUGGCGCUGCCACCUUCGAGGGCCAGCUUCUUGCUGCCGGCACUCUCCUCUCUCAGCCGGAUUAUGAUGAUGUUGUUGUAGAACGGUCCUUGGCCCGACUGUGCGGUCAUCCUCUUUGCACCAAAGCUUUGUCCUCCACUGCUGACUCCCAGCGGCGUCGGGGUCGGUACCGGAUUGCACUCCGGGAGCACAAAGUGUAUGAUCUUGAGGAAACUUAUAAGUACUGCUCCCAAGCUUGCUUAGUUUCUAGCCGUGCAUUUGCAGAGAGCUUGGAGAGGGAGAGAGUGGGUGAUGUGAGCUUGAAGAAGGUGGAUGGGGUUUUGAGGGUGUUUGGGUUGGGUAAAGAUGAGGACUUGCCUGCAGAAAAAGGGUUGGGGAUUGGGGAUUUGAAGAUUAAGGAGAAGGAGCAGGCUGGUAAUGGUGAUGUCUCCAUGGAAGAAUGGUUGGGACCAUCUGAUGCCAUUGAAGGCUAUGUUCCCCUGCGAGACAGAAAACAAGGGGCUAAAUAUAUGUCUGAAGAUGAAUCCACAAAGAUGGUGGAUGAUGCUGGUAAUGGUGAGAUGGGAUUUACAAGUUGUCUAAUCAUGGAGAAAGAGUUAUCUGUGCCUCAAUCCGAUAAGUCUUCUGUACAUCAGCAAGAUAUUUCAAAUAUGAUUGCUAAACAAUUGGAAAAUCUGGCAAUUGAAGAGAAAAAUUCUCCCAGAGAAAAGAACUUCUGUCAAAAAGCAACCCCUCCUAAUAAGCAUUCUGUUGUGCUUGAGGAUCUCUCAGAGCAGUUGGGUAAGGAGUUGGAAGAGAGGUUGCACUUGGAGAAGGAAACAGUGUCAAAUGGAGCUGUGUUGAAGUCUUCCUUGAAGAGUGGUGGAUCGAAGGAUGGAAAGACUGUUACUUGGGCAGAUGAAACUUAUAAAGCUCCAGAAAAGAAGGAUGCUGACCAUGGAGGCAGUAGCAAUGCACAAGUAUCACACGAUGAUGCUGAUGAGGAUUUGAGGCUUGCUUCUGCCGAGGCUUGUGCUGCUGCUUUAAUCAGGGCAGCUGAGACUGUUGCCUCAGGAACUUCAGAUGCCACAGAUGCCGCUUCUGAAGCUGGAAUCAUUAUCCUGCCACAACUGCAAAGUAAUGAAAAAGGGGGCAUCGAGGAAGAUGAGGAAAUGUUUGAACUUGAUCGAGGACGUGGUAAAUGGCCUACAAAGCCUGUGCUUCUUGAUACUGAUAUGUUUGAAGUUGAGGAUUCGUGGCAUGAUACUCCACCUGAGGGUUUUAAACUGACUUUGUCAUCAUUUGCAACGAUGUGGAUGGCACUUUUUGGAUGGAUAACAAGUUCUUCUAUAGCCUACAUUUAUGGGUUCAAUGAAAGUUCCCAUGAAGAUUUUCUUACUGUAAAUGGAAGGGAGUAUCCACGAAAGAUUGUCCUUCAAGAUGGCAAGUCUUCUGAGAUCAGACAAACUCUUGAUAUUUGUGUUGGUCGUGCCAUACCUGCGCUUGUUAUGGAUCUCAGAUUAUCAUUGCCAGUUUCCUCUCUAGAGAAAGCUGUGGGACAAUUACUUGAUACAAUGUCUCUCAUCGAGGCUGUGCCAGCCUUCAGAACAAAACAAUGGCAUGUGAUUGUUCUUUUAUUUCUUGAGGCCUUAUCUUUGCACAGGCUUCCAGCUCUUGCUCAGCAUAUGGCCAGCAGGAAUACACUAUUGCAUAAGGUGCUAAACCCUGCUAAGAUCACUUCUGAGGAAUACAAAACCAUGGUAGAUCUUAUAACCCCUCUGGGUCGAGUACCCCCAAACUAACUCACAGACCCAAAGAUAAGUGACGGCUUCAUACAAGAGGCCAAAACAAAUCAAUGUUCUUUGCGACUCUAUAUGUUAUUCACUUUUUCCCUAAAUGGACCAUGUACAUAUCCUUCUCAAAAUUCUACAUCAUCUUUGUAACAUGGACACAAAAAAUAAACAUAUGUGGUAUCACUGAAUUAUGUAUAUUAUUUUGGUUGAAGAGAAAACAUUACAAGUUAGCA